GUCCCGACGUCGGUGUAUUUUUCUAGCAAUGCCAGUUUAUUUCAGAUCCUGUUUGAAGGUGUAAGAGGAGCUGGCAUCACCAGUGACAUGGCAGUCGAUGAUAUCUCUCUAACGCCUGGUCCUUGCACUUGUGGACCUGACCAGUUCCAGUGUAACAAUUCGCAGUGUGUACCACUCUCAGCGAAGUGUGACGGCCAUGCUGACUGUUUUGAUUGGAGCGACGAAGCAAACUGCACUUACGCCCUUGAAAUCACAUGUGACUUCGAUGAGGAUCCUUGUAACUCUAAGACCACUGCUGGGGGAAGUUUUCGGUGGCUUCGAGACUCGGGUAGUACCCCAGCCUUUGGAUCAGGACCAUCACAAGACAAUACAGAUGGAUCUGGGUUUUAUAUGUACACGGAUUCUAGAUUUGCACCUAACGGUGCUACUGCCAGUCUGACGUUACCCCUUAUCGGCUCUACUGCUUGUCGGCCUGACCAAUUCCAGUGUAGCAAUGAACAAUGUGUUCCGCUGUCUGAGAAGUGUAAUGGUCAUGCUAACUGUCUAGAUUGGAGCGACGAGACUAAUUGCACAAUCGACCCUAUCGUAUGGGAGCCGUUCAACUUUACUUACGACAACACUUGCACCAGCUGCACCGGUGAGCGUUUUGUAAGGCAAAGCAACUACACCUACGGAGGUCAGAGUCUGUACGUCGGUGUUGUUUUGUGCUCGCCGACUCAGUACAAGAUUUUGCUGAGUGACAACCUGACAGGGACGUUCCAAAAUAUAGGCGAUGGUGCGGGACACGGUCAGGAUCACUGUGAGCUUGUUGGAGCUUCAUCAGAUCCUCCGUCCUCGUCACUGGAUCCGGAUUAUCGCACCUGUAGUGGAACAGGUUAUUGGCGCUAUCGUCGUGAAGACAAUUUCACCAGUGGAGCCAUCGGUUAUGGAUCAGACAACGGCAUCGCGUGGUACGGACGCUGGUACGAGUGCGGUGUUACAAUCCCUGACGACAAAGAUCGAGACGAGGGUGGCUGGAGUUGUGAGUUUAAUACAGAUCAGUGUAACUCCAUAGCAGCUAAUUCAGGAGGGUCAAGAGGGUUUCGAUGGAUUCGCUUUGGCAAUACAACGUCAUCGUCAGCCGAUGGGAACCAUACGACACCGACUCCACACACUGUUAGUACACCAUCAUCAUGGUCAACAGGACAGUCAGCUAACUAUCCCGAUAGAAAAGGAUCUUAUAUGUUUGCGGAUGCUACAUUUGGUUUGCCUAAUGCAACUGCCAGUUUAACGUUGCCCAUCAUUCGUUCUGCCGGUGAUCAGCACUGCUUGCGGUGGAUUUACUACAUGUACGGAUCUGACACGGGGACUCUGAACGUCUAUGUCUCCCAACCUCAGCAAGCUGACAUAUUAGUAUGGACAAGAUUCGGUUUGAAGGUGUAA